CUGCCAUACUCUAAUGAGAAACACAACAGUACCAUACAUGCAAAAAUACUGAAAUUGUUACUUUACAGAAUUGCUAGACGUCCAGAUGUUGGGGGCAGAGGAAGAAUGUUCACUCCAGAGCAAGAGACCCAUAUAGUGAACAUGGUGAUUGCCAAUAAUGCAAUAAGACUGCGCGAAAUACAGCAGCGCAUAAUUGAUAAUGACACCAUCUUUCAAAAUAUACACAGUGUAAGCAUUUCUGCAAGUCGUGUACUUGCGCGCCACAGAAUAAGAAUGAAGCAAAUUUACAGAGUUCCUUUCGAGAGAAACACAGAACGUGUAAAGCAACUGCGAUAUGACUAUGUGCAGAAAGUGAUGGAACUAGAAGCAGAUGCAAUGGGACAUGAGCUACUUUUUGUAGAUGAGGCCGGUUUUAACCUCAGUAAAACCAGGAGACGUGGCAGGAACAUUACUGGACACCGUGCCAUCAUCAAUGUCCCAGGACAACGUGGUGGUAACAUAACCAUGUGUGCAGCUAUAAGCCAAAAUGGUGUUGUUCACCAUCAUGCAACCAUAGGCCCAUACAACACUGCACACAUUAUUGCAUUCCUGGACACCUUACAUGACAUGCUAACUGUUCAGAGACCAGAGCAUACCCGAUAUGUCAUCAUAUGGGACAAUGUUAGUUUCCAUAGGGCUGCUUUGGUCCGCAACUGGUUUACAGACCACCCAUCCUUCAUGGCACUCAACCUCCCUCCAUACUCUCCAUUCUUAAAUCCCAUCGAGGAGUUCUUCUCUGCCUGGCGCUGGAAAGUGUACGACCGUCAUCCUCAUCAACAGGUAGCCCUUUUACAGGCAAUGGAGGAGGCAUGUGGAGAUAUUGACCAGGCAUCAUGUCAGGCCUGGAUAUGGCAUUCAAGGAGAUGUUUUCCCCGGUGCCUUGGACUGGAGGAUAUUGCAUGCGAUGUGGACGAAUUUUUGUGGCCGGACCCAGAAAGACGACAUGAUGUAGGCUGAUUGUCUUUUUUUUUUCUUUUUUUUUGUGAAAUUACUAUUUUGUGUUCUGACUUUGUCUUGGUUUUGAUGAGUGUGAAUAAACACCAAUACUUGAAGUUUGGAUCCUUGUAUGUUUACAUGACACUAUGACAAAAGUAUGACCUUAAAUUGACAUCUGUACACAGAGAAAGCAAAAGCCAGAUGUGUUUUGUAUUCAUACCAUCAGUGUGUAGUUGGCACAUUGUGUGCUUAGUAGAUGAUGGCUUGUGUUUACUGUUUGAUACGAAAACACCAUUUUUACGAAGGUGUGAAGAGUUAAUCUAGCUGUGUUCGCUUUUGCAAGAGAACUACAAUGUUUUGAUAAUUGGGUGAAAGGUUUUCUUAUUUGUGUGUAGAGUUUUGCAAAAAUAGCCAAUAGUUACAAAAAAUGUG